AUGGCGGCGCCCAUGUGGAGAUGUGCGCUAGAGGCGCUAAGGACAAAUCAGAUGAAAGCUUUACUAAGAACAACCUCUAUAAUUCAGACUGUGAAAAGGUGUAAAGUGACUGGAACAGAAACCAAUCAGCAUAGAAAUUUCAGAAAACAGAAUGUUGGUGUGUCAGAAGAUGGAAGAACAAUACUACUAUGGCAUCCAAAAGAAAAAUUCCCAUAUGAGCAUUCAAAGCCAAUACCCAGGGAUAACUUACACCUUGCGGAGGGCGAUUCUGCUUUGCGAGUCCAGCAUCGGAUAUCAGACAAGUAUAGAUUCAAACCCACAGGACCAAAUAUCAGUGAGCUUUCAGGCAUGUUCUUUACCACAAAGCACAGGUGGUAUCCAAAACCAUCAAAGAAAUACAGAAAAAGACAUCCCCCAAAAGACAGAGAUGGAUUAUAGAUUUGAAUUUGGGUGAUUGACUUGUGGUCGUGGCACGAGACAUUAUCACUGACUCAGUAGAGACUGGUACAUCAGACGUCAACAUUUGCUGUGUUACGGUGAACAUUUAUUGUUAAAGAUCUCACAAUUUUCCCUUGGCUUGGGAUGAAAAUUUGAGACCUUGUGAAUGAUAUUGCCAUAAUAAUGCUGACACUGGCACUCAAGGGCUCAUGUGCUUUUGAUAUAUCACUGAACACAACUGGCAUAUAUUUAUAAGCUUGAUGAGUGAAAGGUACUGUGGUUAUUCUGUAGUGUUGAAUGGAGACUAACUAAUAAAGUCCUAAAAAUGUUGUUUGUAUCCCGUGCCAUUGAGUAUGAUUCUCGUUUUUUGGGGCAAGUUAUUCAAAAGUGUAUUUAGAUUUAAGCAAGAUCUCCAUUGAAUUUUAGGAUGUGAACAUUUUAGCGCAACUUAGUUUUUCAAGAUAGCACAUGUCCUGAGUCAUCAUUUCAAAUGCUAUGAGCAGAUUCAAGGUGUACCAGCAACAUACGGAUGGUCCUGGGUUUCGCCCGGGCUAGGCUUAGUUUCCUCCCUCCAUCAUGCUGGCAUAUGUGUCAUAUAACAUGUGAAAUACCCUGAAGUAUGGCAUAAAAUAACAAUCAAAAAAAUUCAUAAACAAAAGCGCAGAUUAACCCCGUAUUGUCAUCAUAGCUCAUUUGCAUGCAGUUCUUAAACAGUAUAAUGUUGGAUUGCUGCAACAGGCCCUUGACUGAAAAUGUUCAAAUCCUGCUCUGAUUUGCCCUUUUGGCUGUAUAAGUGUUAGUAGUAUUGCCUGGCCAGUAGUGACCAUGCUUACCAAGCCUUAAUUGAAGAUAAAGCUAAAAUUGGGGUGUGGCCAAGUGGUCAAAGUGCUUGCCCACAAAACAUGAGAUCUCUCUUUGGGGUGGGAAGGAGAGAUGGGGGGAAAUUGCCCUAAAAUUCCUAAAACAAAAGUGCAUUUUUAGAGGCAAGUGAAUGUCACAAAAUAUUAUUUUUGGUGCUGAAACUUACAAUUUUCCAGUAGAAUAUCAUCCCAUGUUCCAAGCAAACCUCAAAAUACCUUUCUACAGUCAAAAAAACUCUCAGGAUCAUGAAAAAUGGGCAAGUCUGUUAUGGACGAAAUUUAUGGUCAUUUAGGGUAGACCCCUACCUCAAGGACUUAUGGCUGCUUUUAUUGUUCUCAAAGUCUUGGUGACUAUAUACAGUUUGUGGUGGAACUGUCCGGUCCUGAAUGAAAGUUACUGAAAACCGUUCGUUUAUCCAUCAAUAUCACUCAAUGUCAAAUGUGGAAAACCUGUAUUAAAUUUGCCAGAUUCAAGUGGUUUAGUCUAAGCUCUGGUUUCCUGCGCGCACAGCGCUGGCUGCAUUGUAAAGGAAGCCAAAACUUCUUAGGUAUGCUGUUAAACAACAAUCAAAUAAAUAAAUACUGAGUUAUUAUAGCCUUU